AUGGGAAGCAUUUAUAGACGCAUUGGUGUCCGUCCAUUCCUUCGGGCGCGGUGUCUGCCGACAUUCCAGUCGCCAUUCCACGCGCGCGCGACGGAAUACCUUCAAAGUCAAGAUCCUGACCUGUCCGAAUCACAGCAAACAGUCCGAGAAGCAAUCGCUCGGAUAUGCUCGGAUUUUCCUGACGAGUACUGGGCGCGUGUAGAAGAGAUGCAUCAAUUCCCGACCGAGCUCUAUGAAGCAUUGGCAAAACAGGGCUGGCUGGGAAUUUGCUUACCCCAGCGAUAUGGAGGCUCUGAGCUCGGAAUCUCAGAAGCAGCAGUGAUGAUGCAAACUAUUGCAGAGUCCGGGGGAGGCAUGACCGGGGCCUCAUCCAUCCACAUGAAUAUCUUCGGCCUCGAGCCCAUCGCCAAAUUUGGCACCGAAGAGCAGAAGGAACGCUGGCUCGUUCCACUCAUCGCGGGUCGCCAACGGGCGUGUUUUGGCGUUACAGAGCCCAACACUGGCCUGGACACGCUGCAGUUGCAGGCCACGGCACGCCUAUCAGGGCACAAUUAUCUUCUGUCGGGACAGAAAGUCUGGAUAUCUACUGCUCAGAGGGCCGAGAAGAUCCUCAUUCUCGUGUGUACAGCCCCACGCGACCGGGAGAAGCCAUCCUCGGGUCUUUCGCUCUUCUACACCGACCUACAAGUACCCCAGGUCCAGAUCACCGAGAUCCCUAAGAUGGGUCGGGCAGCGGUCGAUACUAAUUCACUGUUCUUUGACAACUGGUGUGUUCCACUGAGAGAUCGUGUGGGUCAGGAAAAUGAAGGGUUUCGAAUGAUAUUACAUGGAAUGAACGCCGAAAGAAUUCUCAUCGGCGCAGAAGCUCUUGGUCUUGGAUUCGCCGCGUUGCGUCGAGCAUCCUUAUAUUCCAAAGACAGACAUGUAUUUGGGCGUCCGAUUGGCCAGAACCAGGGUGUCCAACACCCCUUAGCAGACAGCUGGAUGAAGCUGGAGGCAGCCCGAAUGAUGAUCUACCAGGCUGCUCGACUAUAUGACCAGGGAUACACCGGCGGUGAGUAUGCCAACGCUGGAAAGUAUCUGGCUGCAGAGGCUGCAUUUGAGGCUUGCGAACGAGCCAUUUUGGCCCAUGGAGGGAUGGGCUAUGCGAAAGAGUAUCACGUUGAGCGAUAUCUUCGAGAAGUUUUUAUUCCUCGCAUCGCCCCCGUGAGUCGAGAAAUGAUUUUGAACUAUAUCGGAGAGCGCAUCCUUGGUCUUCCCAAGUCUUACUAG